UUUUUUUGGCUUUCCCCAGACGGUCACACUGUGACUUUAUAUCUUUUAAAAAUAACAAAAUCAAAAAGUUAUCUUAUCGCUGCUCCCGCGAUAUUCCAUUGUAAGCAUGCGAACGUGAAACCCAACCGAAGAAGUCGCUAUGUUGCUGCUGGAGCUGAACAUUCUGACCCUGAAUAUAUGGGGCAUUCCGUAUGUGUCGAGUGAUCGCGGACCGCGCAUCGAUGCCAUCUGCAAGGAGCUGAACAGCGGAAAAUAUGAUAUUGUGUCCUUGCAGGAGGUGUGGGCGCAACAGGACAGCGAGCUGUUGCAGAAGGGUACGGAGGCGGUCCUGCCCCACAGCCACUACUUUCAUAGCGGCGUGAUGGGCGCUGGUCUGCUGGUGCUCUCCAAGUACCCCAUACUGGGCACUUUGUUCCACGCGUGGUCCGUGAAUGGCUACUUCCACCGUAUUCAGCAUGCGGAUUGGUUCGGCGGCAAGGGUGUGGGUCUGUGCCGCAUACUCGUCGGCGGGCAGAUGGUGCACCUAUACAAUGCCCAUCUGCACGCGGAGUACGACAAUGCCAACGACGAGUACAAGACGCAUCGCGUCAUCCAGGCCUUCGACACUGCUCAAUUCAUUGAGGCCACCAGGGGGAACUCUGCGCUGCAGAUCCUGGCUGGCGACCUGAAUGCCCAGCCACAGGACAUCUCUUACAAGGUGCUGCUCUACACCUCCAAGAUGCUCGACAGUUGCGCCUCGGACUCUUUUCGCACCAACGAAUGUGAACACAACUCGUACACAUCUAAGCAAGCACGGGAGAGAAAUCCCCAGGGCAUCCGCAUCGAUCACAUCUUUGUGCGUGGUGGCGAUCACGUGAAUGCUGAAAUAGCGGAGUACAAUCUACCCUUUCCGGAGCGAGUGCCCGGCGAGAAAUUUAGCUUCUCCGACCACGAGGCAGUGAUGGCCAAGCUGAAGUUAUUCAAGCUAGCACCGAGAAGUGAGGAGCCAGUGGCCACGAUAGAGGUAAACUGCCUGGUAGAGGAUGGUGAAAGCUGUGCGGUAAGGGAACUAGGAGCAGGCGAUGCUCAGACAGGGGAGGACGAUCAGUCACAGCAGCAGACGGAGAUUCAAUGCAAUGGAAGCUCAACUUCCAUCCAAUCCAUGCCCGCCGCCAGAACUGCUGCCCUUCACGAAGCUCUGGCUCUGUGCGAUGCUUCCCUGCUUCAAUUAAACACUGAUCGAAUACUGUACUACAGCGCCGCCACCUUUCUGUUCGUCCUCCUGGUCCUGCUGGUGGAAUUCACCGCCCCUGUGGGCAUGCGCACGAUCUUUCUCCUGCUCAAGUUCAUCGUGUUUGGCGUGAUCCUGUUCUGCUUGUUCAUGGCUUCCAUCUGGAACUAUAUGGAACGAAAUGGAGUCCUUCAGGGCAAGAAGUCAAUGGAGGUGAUGUUGCACCACGCCCAGAAGUACGAGUACUUCUACUGAAGCUGUGGGUAGUAACCAAGCUCAAUGCGCAUUUAAAAUCACUGUGUAGCAUAGUUUAAGCAGCGAUGUAUGUUUGACUAGAGUUUAUAUAACUCUUACUUGAUCUUUUACGUCAUGUAAUCUUCAAUGCAAUUCCAUGGUCUCUUUCUUUGUAACGUCAUCCAUAAUCCAUAUCCCAGGAAUUAAAGUUCAAUAAAAGUGAAAAUUAUUUAGGAACA